AUUAUUUGCUGCAAAGUUAGAAGAGGCUCUCAGCUUUAUUAACUUCUCUUUGCUUUCAUUCUCUCUAUCUUUCAUCAUCAUCCUCGUAAUCCUCAUCUCUCCUUUCUAACACCUAGUUGCACUAAAAAAAGGCUGCUUCUUUCUCUUCCUCCAUCGUCAAUGGUUUUAUGAAGAACCCGUAAGCUUAAAGAAAGAGAAAGAGAGUGGGUAGAUAGAAUACAAGAGUGGUGGGUUCAAAGCAAGAUUGGUGAAUCUAGAGAUGGAGCAAGGAGGUGGUGGUGGUGGUAAUGAAGUGGUGGAGGAAGCUUCACCGAUCAGCUCAAGACCUCCGGCGAAUAUGGAAGAGCUUAUGAGAUUCUCAGCAGCGGCAGAUGACGGUGGAGGAUUUGGAGGAGGAGGAGGAAGCUCGUCUUCUUCAUCGGGAAAUAGAUGGCCAAGAGAAGAAACACUUGCACUUCUUAGGAUCCGAUCUGAAAUGGACUCUACUUUCCGUGACGCCACUCUCAAAGCUCCUCUUUGGGAACACGUUUCCAGGAAGCUGUUGGAGCUUGGUUACAAACGCAAUGCUAAGAAAUGCAAAGAGAAGUUUGAAAACGUUCAGAAAUAUCACAAACGCACCAAAGAAACGCGCGGUGGUCGCCACGAAGGUAAAACAUACAAGUUCUUCUCUCAGCUCGAAGCUCUCAACACUAGUACUACUCCUGCUCCUCCCUCUUCUCUCGACGUCACUCCUCUCUCCGUCGCCAAUCCAGUUCAGCAGCCUUCUUCUUCUUCUUCUCAAUUCCCCGUUUUCUCUCUAACCCAAACGCCACCACCGUCCCAACCGCUUCCACCGCACACAGUCUCCUUUACUCCCAAUCCAUUGCCUCCUCCUCCUCCUCCUUCAGUAGAUCCCCCAUUUCCCGGAGGUACCUUCUCUUCUCACAGCUCAUCGACGGCUUCAGGAAUGGGGUCUGAUGAUGACGACGACAUGGACGUGGAUCAGGCGGGUCCCAGUAGCCACAAACGCAAACGUGAAAACCGAGGCACUGGAGGCGGCAAGAUGAUGGAACUAUUCGAAGGUUUGGUGAGACAAGUGAUGCAGAAACAAGCGGCGAUGCAACGGAGCUUUCUCGAGGCGCUUGAGAAGAGAGAACAAGAACGUCUUGCUCGAGAAGAAGCUUGGAAACGCCAAGAGAUGUCUCGGUUAGCUCGAGAGCACGAGAUCAUGGCUCAAGAACGAGCGGCUUCUGCUUCCCGUGACGCUGCAAUCAUCUCAUUGAUCCAGAAAAUUACUGGCCAUACCAUUCAGUUACCUCAUUCUUUAUCAUCACAACCGUCUCCGCCGCCUCCUGCCGCUAAACGUCCUUCAUCACAAGCUGUCGAACCACCUCUUUCACAACCAAUAAUGGCGAUUCCACAACAGCAAGUUCUUCCUCCGCCUCCUCCGCAUCAACCACAACAACAACAACAACAAGAGAUGAUUAUGAGCUCGGAUCAAUCGUUACCGUCAUCAUCGAGAUGGCCAAAGGAGGAGAUUCUUGCUCUUAUAAACCUGAGGAGCGGAAUGGAACCAAGGUACCAAGAUAAUGUCCCUAAAGGACUUUUAUGGGAAGAGAUAUCAACUUCAAUGAAGAGAAUGGGAUACAACAGAAACGCAAAGAGAUGCAAAGAGAAAUGGGAAAACAUAAACAAAUACUACAAAAAAGUUAAAGAAAGCAACAAGAAACGUCCUCAAGAUGCUAAGACAUGUCCUUAUUAUCACCGCCUUGAUCUUCUUUACAGCAGCAAAGUACUCGGUAGUGGUGCCGGUUCUAGCACUUCUUCUCUACCUCAAGACCAAAUAUCAACAAUACAAAAGCAGAGUCCGGUCUCUGCAAUGAAGCCGUCACAAGAAGGGGAUGUUUACGUCCAUCAAACUCACGGCUCAGCUUCAAGUGAGGAAGAAGAACCAAGAGAGGAAACUCCACAAGGAGCGGAGAAGCCAGAAGACCUUGUGAUGAGAGAGCUGAUGCAACAAAAACAACAACAAGAAGAAGAUUCAAUGAUAGGUGAGUAUGAAAAGAUUGAGGCGUCUCACAACUAUAACAUGGAAGAAGAAGAGAUGGAUGAAGAACUAGACGACGAUGAGAAAUCCGCGGCUUAUGAGAUUGCAUUUCAGAGCCCUGCAAACAGAGGAGGUAAUGGCCACUCUGAGCCACCUUUCUUGACAAUGGUUCAGUAAAUCAGAAUCACUGUUCUUCAAAUUAUACCCUUGUACCAAGAAAAUGUACUUAUGUGUGCAUAGCUUCUAAACAACACCAAAAACCUCAAAACACACACACACCUCUGACACAAGAAACUGAAAAUCAAGGUCUCAUCAAUCUUGAUUUUCCAGUGAAUACAAUUCUUUCUUUCACAUUA